AUGGACACGCGAGCAAGGAGGAUGAGGAACCUUGAUGAGUGUAGUUCGAAACGUCAUGCUCCUGGAAAUACGGCAUGCUGCGUCACCCAGCCCGCCUCCCUGCUUCUGACACGCCUCAACGAUGAUCUCCUGGCGCGCGUCCUGAGUUUCACGGCCCAGUGGCACGUCAUACGCAGCAUUUCUGGAAGCACACGCACGUUCUCCGAUCUUUUGGUCAGGUCCUUGGCCAUCAAACCGCACACUCCCCUCCAUGUGCUUCACAGGGUGAUGACGCGCGUAGGUGAGAACGUCCUAGUCUUGGACCUGACUGGCAACCGCCACUUGAACGACGCCUCGCUCCGUCACAUUCUCGAAGAGACAUGCCCGCGUCUUCACCAUCUCGUCCUCAACUAUUGUCGGCAGUUGACUCCGGCUGUGGUUCCGAUCCUGUCCAGGGUUCCACGGGUCGCCGUCCGAGGAUGUUGGCGUCUGCUCACGCCCUCGCCAUCCCUUUCCUCCGACGUCGUAUUGGAGCUGCAAUUGCUGGCGCUGCAGCAAAACGAUCGCCAUCGCCACGACGGUGUGGCAAAGUAUUUUGAAUUUGCUUCGUCAGCCAACCGGCUGGUAGGGCCGGGCCAAGACGGGGAGGAGGAAGGGGGGGAGGAGGAGGGGGAAGACACAAAGGGAGGGGGAAGCUCUGCCGAAGGAAGGGGAAGCAUCAGUAGACCCGGAAUGUCGACGGGUGGUGCGUUGAAUAACAGGCGCUGCGUGCCGGGAACAGGGGCGGUCGUUGAGGAGGGAAGGGAGAGCACCACUGAGGGACGUCUACCCUUGCUGAGCCUCCGCGCUUUCCAUGUGGUCUAUGAUCGGCUUCAGCCUCUGCUUGGCUAAAAUGAAAGCGACCUUCCAGCCACUACCAGCGAGGAGGUUAACCUCCUGGUGCCAAGCUGUACAGUCCUGUAUGGCAAACGAAUUAUCGAAAUAGGCUCAGGCACCGGCUUGGUGGCCCUGUCCUUAGCCACCAAUGCUCUAUUUAAGCCGCAAGAAAUUGUGGUUACAGAUCAAAAGGAUCAUUUGGACCUUAUCGAGCGUAAUAUUUGUGCCAAUAUUGCUAAAAUGAAGGCUCCGAUUCGCGUGCAAGAAUUCAACUGGCUAAAAGAUAAAGAGACGAAGAAUACUGAUAGCAAGGUAAAAGCCCUCUGUGCCCUCCCUUUUGACGUGGUCGUAGGAACAGAUGUAGCCUACUGCCAAGAGCUUUACGGUCCCGUCGUCCAUGCAUUGUGUCGUUUGAGUGGCCCGCAUAGCUUGAUUUUACUGGGUGUGACACGUACGGACACGAACCCGAGGUUUUUCCAGCUACUGCAGGAAGAAGGCUUCGACUACUGUCUCACGCCUGUCGCGGAUGGAGAGAGCAGCUGCACAGUGGCAGGCGGAUUUGCACUGCUAAGCGUCGUACGACGAGUGGGAUCAUGA